UUCGUGUAUCAAGUUGGCCAGACAUUUUCGGUGACUAUAAAUAGGCGGAUUGGCUGUGGAGAAGGUACUAGUGUUCUCACAACUUCGGUCCCAUCAACAUGAAAUUCUUCGCCAUCCUCUCGCUCGCCCUCCUGGCCGCGGCCUCCGCCGAUGUCAGCCACCUGGCCAGCACCUACCUGCCUCCUCAGUCGGCCGCUGCAUCCACCAGCUACGAGUCCUACCAGGCCGCUCCCGUCGAGGCCGCCGCCUCCGAGACCUACGUGGCUCCCGUCGCCGCUGCCACCACCUACGAGAGCGAGUCCUACUCCGCCCCAGCUGCCUCCUACACCAGCGAAACCUAUGCCGCUCCAGCUGCCGUCGAGGCCGCCGUUGAGACCGCCGCUGAGGAGACCUACGAGCAGCCCGCUGCCAGCUAUGUGGCUCCAGUGGUGACCAAGACCACCUACUCCGCCCCAGCUGUCUCCUCCUCCUCUUCCUACUCCGCUCCCGCUGUGGUGGCCAAGACCUACGCCGCCCCCGCUGUUGUGAAGACCUACUCCGCCCCGGCUGUGUCCACCUACACCGCUCCAGUGGUGGCCAAGACUUACUCCGCUCCUGCUGUGUCCACCUACACCGCUCCAGUGGUGGCCAAGACUUACUCCGCUCCUGCUGUGUCCACCUACACCGCUCCAGUGGUGGCCAAGACUUACUCCGCUCCUGCUGUGUCCACCUACUCUGCGCCUGCCGUGUCCGGAUACUCUCAGACCUACACCGCCCCCGCUGUGGUCAAGACCUACUCCGCCCCAGCCGUGUCCACCUACACCGCUCCCGCUGUGUCCACCUACACCGCUCCAGUGGUGGCCAAGACCUACACCGCUCCCGCUGUUGUGAAGACCUACUCCGCUCCUGCUGUGUCCACCUACACCGCUCCAGUGGUGGCCAAGACUUACUCCGCCCCAGCUGUGUCCACCUACACCGCUCCCGUUGUGGCCAAGACCUAUGCCGCCCCCGCUGUGGUCAAGACUUACUCCGCUCCUGCUGUGUCCACCUACACCGCUCCUGCUGUGUCCACCUACACCGCUCCCGUUGUGGCCAAGACCUACACCGCUCCCGCUGUUGUGAAGACCUACUCCGCUCCUGCUGUGUCCACCUACACCGCUCCCGUUGUGGCCAAGACCUACACCGCUCCCGCCGUGGUCAAGACCUACUCCGCCCCAGCUGUGUCCACCUACACCGCCCCAGUGGUGGCCAAGACCUACUCCGCCCCCGCUGUGGUCAAGACCUACUCCGCCCCAGCCGUGUCCACCUACUCCGCUCCUGCUGUGGUCAGCAGCUACUCCGGAUCCUCCGGCACCGUGUACGGCUCCAACGGCGGAUACGUCUACUAAAGACUGCAUCCCAAAACGAAGCUAAUCAUACGACGA